GCUUCCGUUCUGAGGGGGCGGGGCGGCAUUCCAAACGGAAGGUGGUUGUUGUCGGUGCCCAAGCUGGUCUGAAAUUGGGGGUCGGGCCCCUCGGUCGUUGUUUGUUGCCGAGGCCCCGCCUGCGGGCCAGGCAGUUCCUGCCCGACCCCGACCCCGCCUUCCUUCGGACCCCUUGGUCCCAGGCUUGGCUUCCCGCCUGACUCGCGCCCGGCCCGCCGUAGCCCGCUGCCGCUCCGGCCGGCUCUGCGGCCCAGCCGCCACCAUGUCCCUGCACGGCAAACGGAAGGAGAUUUACAAGUAUGAAGCGCCCUGGACCGUCUACGCCAUGAACUGGAGCGUGCGGCCCGAUAAACGCUUUCGCCUGGCGCUGGGCAGCUUCGUGGAGGAAUACAACAACAAGGUUCAGCUUGUUGGUCUAGAUGAGGAGAGUUCAGAGUUUAUUUGCCGAAACACCUUUGACCAUCCAUACCCCACCACAAAGCUCAUGUGGAUCCCUGACACAAAGGGAGUCUAUCCAGACCUACUGGCGACGAGUGGCGACUAUCUCCGUGUGUGGAGGGUUGGUGAAACAGAGACCAGGCUGGAAUGUUUGCUAAAUAAUAACAAGAACUCAGAUUUCUGUGCCCCCCUGACCUCCUUUGACUGGAAUGAGGUGGACCCUUAUCUUUUAGGUACCUCAAGCAUUGACACGACUUGUACCAUCUGGGGACUGGAGACUGGGCAGGUUUUGGGGCGAGUGAAUCUUGUGUCUGGCCAUGUGAAGACCCAGCUCAUUGCCCAUGACAAAGAGGUCUAUGAUAUUGCAUUUAGCCGAGCUGGGGGUGGCAGAGACAUGUUUGCCUCUGUGGGUGCUGAUGGCUCGGUGCGAAUGUUUGACCUCCGCCAUCUGGAACACAGCACCAUCAUUUAUGAAGACCCACAGCAUCACCCGCUGCUUCGUCUCUGCUGGAACAAGCAGGACCCUAACUACCUGGCCACCAUGGCCAUGGAUGGAAUGGAGGUCGUGAUUCUGGACGUCCGAGUUCCCUGCACACCUGUCGCCAGGUUAAACAACCACCGAGCUUGUGUCAAUGGCAUUGCUUGGGCCCCACAUUCAUCCUGCCACAUCUGUACUGCAGCGGAUGACCAUCAGGCUCUUAUCUGGGACAUCCAGCAAAUGCCCCGAGCCAUUGAGGACCCUAUCCUGGCCUACACAGCCGAAGGAGAGAUCAACAACGUGCAGUGGGCAUCAACUCAGCCCGACUGGAUCGCCAUCUGCUACAACAACUGCCUGGAGAUACUCCGAGUGUAGUGUUGGUGGUGCCUAACCCACCAGGCAGGGGCUUGUGUGUUUCUCACCUCUGCCUCCCCCCAAGUAAGAAGAACAUGUUUCCAAUGGCCAGUAUGUCUGUCAUUGCUUUGCACCCACUGUUUCCAGAAGCUGCUCUAGGAGUUCCCGGCCAGCUACCCUUCACUCUUUAUGCCGGACUCAAUGCUGUGUGGCACCACCUCAGCCAAGGGCUGAGUUUUAAGAUUUUUUUCUCUCCUUUCCUCUUCUCCCUUGCUUCUUCAAUUAAACAUUUCUAUAUAUUUGUUUGUCAGCUGUUGUGUUCAUGAGCAGUAUAAGCACUG